AUGCUACGUACGCCGAAUAUUCGCGACCUGAGGAGACUGGUUCCAGUAUUGGUACCAUCAGAAUCUUAUUCUACUCAAGACUCGAUGUCAACGGUGGAAAAUGAUUCAUUGACAACACAUGACCACCCAGGAAAAAGAAAGAAACGAAUGAAUCCUGUCGAUGUUGAGAUUCUGAAGAUUUCGCAGAGUUCAAUUAAAGUGCAGAAGAGCAACUCGCCUGAGACAAAAUGA